AUGCGCCCUACAACGCGCCCUAUAUGCAGUUGGCCUCGUCGCGCGCGCCCCUCGCCGACUCCUUGCACGCUGGCGACGGCCACGCGCCGCACCAACGGCAAGAAAUACCAACUCGUCGUCGUCCAGCAGCCGCAACGCGCGCGCAUGUGUGGCUUCGGCGACAAGGACCGUCGGCCGAUCACGCCGCCGCCGUGCGUGAAGCUCAUCGUUACCGACCUCGACACCGGCAAAGAGUCCGAUUUCAACGCCAUUGAACACGGCACGUUUGUGCUCAACGUCGAUCUCUGGUCGGCCGACGGCAAGGCCGAGGUCAAUCUCGUGCGCCAGACGGCCAACUCGCCCUCCAUCUCCUCCACCAUUUCCGUGCCUUAUCAGGACAACACGGCCGGCGCCGCUCCCACCUACCACCUCCCCUCCAGCGUCAAGUCCGACGCCGGCCCGCCCGCCUACUCACACUUUGCCAACGACGCCGUCAACUCCUUCAGCCCCCAGCACCAGCACCUGCAGACCUACAACGGCCAGCCUGCCUACCACGCCACCUUCUCCCAGCCGCCGACGCCUCAGCAGAUGUACUUUGCUCCCGCCGCCCUGCACGCCGCCUCGCCGUCCAGCCCCUAUACCGAUUCCGGGCCGGGCCAGGCGUCACCCUACCCCGGCCGCUCCUUCCCACCGCCCGACUCCCACCGCAUGCCCGCCACCACACCACCACAAGGCAUGUUCACGCGCAACCUCAUUGGCAGCCUGUCCGCCAACGCCUCUCGCCUCACGGACCCCGAGGACAAAAUUGGCAUCUGGUUCGUUCUGCAGGACCUCUCCGUGCGCACCGAGGGCGAUUUCCGCCUCCGCUUCUCCUUUGUAAACGUCAGCGAAAUCUCGCCGCCAAGCUCGGCCCAUCUCAGUGCCAACUCGAGCGCGCCCCUCAACAAGAACAAGUCGCCCGUCCUCGCCCGCUGCUUCUCCGACGUCUUCAGCGUCUACUCGGCCAAGCGCUUUCCCGGCGUCGUCGAGAGCACACCGCUGAGCCGCUGCUUUGCCACUCAGGGCAUCAGGAUCCCUAUUCGCAAAGACGCUGCCAAGGGCGAGAAAGAAAAGGACGAAGACGAGGACUGA